AUGGUCCAGGUCGCCACAGUCUCACCGCCCGUAGGCCAAUUCGUGAUCCACACCCUGCUGCAAAUCGCGGGCUUCGCAGUAGCAAUUGCCUUUGGGGUAUACGCUGUCAGAUCCGUCCACGCCGCGGUGCUCGCGAACAGCUUCAGUCGGGAGGCGAACAGCUUUAGCCGCGAAGCCAUCCAGCAGGCGUUGGCGGCGAACCAACUUGCCCUGCUCGCGACGUGCCUGCAGGCAGGGAACCAGACCGAAAAUCAGGACAUCACCGACAUCUGCUCCCGGAUCAUUAGAGGUGCUGCAGACCUCCUACCCAGCGCUGCCUCGUCGUUGUUUCCCGAUUUACCACCGCCUCCGUCGUCGAGCAGUUCCCCAGGUGAUUCGUCGAGCACUUUAUCACCUCCGACGCCGACGUCGACGCGAUCGCCAUUGCCCACGCCAGCGCCAACCGAUCCCUUCCCUUCAGCCAAUCGCUCGUCGGUCUCUACCGGCGCCGUCGCCGGCGCAGUGAUAGGAUCAGCCCUCCUCGUAGCCACAGUGUCCAUCACCUGCAUCUAUAUCCGCCGCCGCCGCCGUCGAAGAGGACACAGCAGCCGCCGCGGCGACCAUGAUGACUCCACCGCGGCUCCUACCCCUUCUACUCCUACUACUGCUCCUAGGCGCCGACCCGCCAGCAGCUUCGGGUCCAUUUUCAGGGAGGUCUUUAUGAAUUCGACCAUGACGAGCUGGACUCCCAGCGUAGAGGAGGACGUGACGACGACUAGGGAUGAGGAGCGUGGAGGGCAGACUGAGAGGCAAAGGGAGAAGUAA